AUGUCGAGCCAGAAUAUCGCCACCUACAACGACUGCGUCGCGUCUCUUCGCGCGUCGCUCAACUUUCUCGAGUCCUCCGUCGAGACCCUGGGCAACGGCGUCGCCGACUUCCCCGCCUGGGCACCAUUCUCAAGACAGUCCGCGUACGUCCUCAUGCCUAUUCUCUUCUUCCCCCAUCACUACGAACUCAUCCCCCAACCAACCCUCGCCGCAGCCGAAGCCUCCCUCCGCGACGAAAUCGGCCCCUACAUCGCCCUCCUCCUCGACCGCGCCGACCGCCAGCUCCAGCGCCGCGAGCGCCGCGUCGAAACCCUCAAAGCCCGCGCCGAGCUCCAGCACGGCCGUCUCGCCGAGAGUCGCUCCACCCCCGCCUCCGCCACCGCAUCUUCCGCCGCCUCUGCCCGCAGCGCCGGGAGGAAGCUCGCCGGCGAAGAGAAGCUACGCGCCCGCGUCGUCAGGCAGAAGAAGGAGGCCCUCAAGUAUAGCGUCGAGAGACUGGAGCUCGAGGUUCUGCAAAAGGAGAGGGAGCUGAGGAAGAGGCUGGAUAGCUGA